UUUAAAUCAUUGCUUACGUCCUUUUUCUCAGAUUGACGACGAUUCCAACAAAGAAUUAAAGCGGCCUUCCCAAGCUAUCACGAAGCGGUUCAAGGUAAAAAGGAACAGGAUUAAAACCUUUGAGUCGUGGGAAGCAGAAGAGUUUAACGCAGGAGUCCCUCGUCUGCCAGUGGGCCGAUAUACUUACCGCGAGUGUUGCAUAGAGUCAAAACGCAAAGAAGCUGUUGUUACAAGGAGGAACGCUGUGAAGAAACCGAAGAGGACUGAGAAGAAGAAGUGUGGGAAGAAAAAGAGCUUUGACGACUGGCCUUUAGACUUUGCAGGGCAAAUAACCUACAUGCAAAGAAUGAACCGCACUUGCCCUCCAGUUUAUAACAUCGCAAACAAGGAACCCAUGCCUUACAAAUGUCCUCCAAAAUUGAGGUGUGACAACAUCCCUGGUGCAUUCAGACUACCGAUGAUUCCGCAGGGUCUGUGGUCAAAUCGCGGGACAGUUACAAACCGGAUGCACGGGAGUUUUAGCGGCAGAGACACUUCGUCAAAGGUGUUUUCAGUAAACACGUGUGCCAAGGAGACUCCACCACAAACAAAGGAAAAGAAUAGAAGAAUAAGGAUCCCUGCGGGAGGAGAAGACGUAACUUUAGAUCCAACGAAAGUGGAAUUAGGGCGGGAUCAGAUAGGAAUUGGUUCUACGUCACGAGUCUUCAAAGGUCAAUUUCAUCGAGAUACGGGUACUAUCACAGAAGUGGCGUGUAAAGAAUAUAUGGUUAACAUCACCCCCAAGCAUAAGGUAAAACUGUUAAAGGAAGUUAAGUGUCUAAAAAACCUGCGACAUCCCAAUAUCCUUCAUCAUUUUGGGGUCGAUUUUACUCGAUCACUUCUUGUCACCGAACUACUGGAAAAGGAAAUCAAAAUUGAGGGAGAAGUCACGAUGGUCCAUAACGCGAGAGAAUUACUAGACCUCCAUGAACUGCUACCAGUGCCUUGGUUGACUCGCCUGCAUAUCAUGCAUGGGGUGACCUCUGGACUUGCAUUCCUUCAUAACCAUAAUAUCGUCCACUGUGAUCUCAAAGCAGCAAAUGUAUUCAUCGGCGACGACGGAGAGGGAAAAUACAAGGUGAAACUAGGCGACUUUGGUAUGGCUCGCUUUGAUUUCGAGCAGUUUUCUGUAUCGAUGCUGCCUUCUAAUAAUGAUGUUGUCGUGGGUACCGCAGCCUACACAGCACCAGAACUUCUCGAAAGAGGGAAAAAACCAUCCUUUCAAAGCGACAUGUACAGCCUCGGGAUGGUAAUGACAGAAUUUAGUUUGCCCGACCGCUCAACUCCUUGGGAGGGAGAACUUGCUAAUUCCGCUCUCAUCUAUGACUACAUACGUAGAGGAGAAAGACCAGCUGUUAAAGAGGUAGACUUAACAGGGUUGAGUGACGACACUGCUAGACAGUGGAUGAGGCUUCUUUGUUCCUGCUGGGAUCAGGAUCCUUCCAAGAGACCAUCGGCAACAGACGCUCAUCGUGCGAUGAUGUCUAUUUGUGUUCCGGAACCAGGGGAUAACUACAAGACGUUUGAACAGUGGAGUCAAGAAAAUCCCGAUUCAUUGUUCAUAUCACUGAGUAACCAUCAGGGAAUGGCACUGGAGCUCAUGGAUGAGGUAGUUAGCUCUUUUACUGCUCAGAAUAAAUCGAUAUCACAAGAUCUUAAAAAUGACCUUGCAAGUAACUUUCAAGCAAGCGAUGGAAGUAAUUCGUGCGUCUAUCUUUGCACGAAAAUUGCCGACGAACUCCUAAAAUGUGAAGAUGUUUGUGCUCAGAAAAUUGCUUCCUUAAUACAAAAUGUGGCGGAAGAAACCAUACGAUCCCUUCCGAAACAUGUCAACCACUUGAGAAAGGUUAGCGACUAUGCAGAUGUAUACGAUGCAUUGCAGAUAAUGAAUCAGCAUGCAAUUAUAAACACGCAUUACACCACCACAGAAAUCUUGGCCAAGCAGUCAUCGGAUAACCUUGAAGACAAGCAGAGGCAUUUGAAAUCAGCAUUACAAUCGUUAGAAAAGUCGAAAAAUGCAAAGGGAAAGGCUUUUGCAGUUUAUACAUGUAACCCCUAUGCUAUUCUGGUAGGCGUGGUACGUUCAACUUUCAUCAUAAUUGAUACUCACAAAGUACAGGAAGAAGUCGGAGGUAAAGACUCAGGGUUAUUGGUGCUUUUUAAUCUGGACUCCAUCCAAAAAGAUAACGUGGUUGACGGAAUAGUAAAUUGGAUAUCGCUGAGAAUGAAAAUGUCUAUUAAGGACUAUUCCACGAAACUGCAUUCCUUAGUGCUUCUGCAGGCUAACAGCGAUGUUGGGAGCGUUGAAGAGGACGAAGUUGUAAUCUCAGACACUGAGGAUCUAGACAUUCUAAAUGCAAGUAUUGAAAUAGAAAGACAUCUACAAUCUAUCGCUACCGAGGAUUGCAUAGAAGUGGAGGAGGAGGAAAAUGACAGAACGCAAAACAAGAAAGUUAACAAGAUCAAACCGUAUGACUAUCUUAAAGAUCAUAAGAUAGGAUCCCGGGUUUGUUCUACCUCCUCCGUAAGCACAGAAAAAGAUCAUUCUCCGCAGGAAAAACAAGAUUCUGCGGGUUACUUCACGAUGAGACAAAAACCAACUGAAAGUGUUAACGCCGACGCUGAUGAGAUAGAACAUUUGUACAUAGACCCAGUAAUGGAACGAAGUGAAGGUUCUCCUCCGGCUAAUUAUACCCGACCGGAAGAAUUGCCUGCUGUUAAAGAGGACGAUUUGAUCGUCUGGAAGGGGCACUUAACCAAAUUUGGCUUAAAUUCAUUGAACGAUUUCCAGAUUCAAGCCAUUCAAAGCGUUGAACUCGGCCAAGAUGUGAUAGUUGUACAACCAACUGGAAGUGGUAAGAGUUUGUGCUUUCAAUUGCCUUCUCUCUUCGAGCGCGAAAAAUUUGUAGUCGUAAUAACCCCUACCAUAUCACUGAUAAACUCACAGAUUGAGGGGUUGAAGAAAGUCAACAUAGAUGCCAUUGCGUUAGGAAGACCCGCUGGAGCAGACGCACAAUUGAAUCAUGACAGACUUUUUAAUGGUGAUAAUGGCAGUUCUUUCCCAUCAAUCGUAUUCAUGACUCCUGAGCAUUUUGUCAAUCGCAUUUCUUAUAAUCUUGAAAGAAUCAAGAAGAAUGUCAAAUUAUUGGUUUUGGACGAAGUGCACAAAAUGUUUGAUCGGAACUCCGAUUUUCGAUCAAGCUACGACUUUUUCAAAGGAAUUAAAGACAGCUUCAGCUGCGUGCCUGUGAUGACGUUAACUGCCACCUUGAGUCAGGCCCAACUGCAGAGUUUGUGCGCGGAUUAUUUGAAGAAUCCUGUCCUCAUUAAAGGCUCGAUCAAUCGCAGCAACAUCAAGUUGAACAUUAAGUCAUACAUUACACCAAAGAAGAAGACUUCCAGAUCAGUAAAAGAAAAUACAAAGGAAGGCAUUUGGUCGGAAUGUGCUACGGAUAUAAAGAAUAUAUCAGGUGAUGAAUAUGCUAUCGUAUACAUGGAUUUUCGUAGUGAUGUGGAACUAAUGACGUCAUCACUCAAGCUGCUAUUGGGCGAAGAAAAUGUUAGACCUUACUAUGGAAAAGGGAUGACUCACGAUGUAAAGAAGAAAACUGACUCUGCUUUUAGAGGAAAAGAAUUUCAAGUAUUGGUAGCCACUGAGUCCUAUGAGGUUGGCACACACAGUCCACAUGUGGACAAUAUUUUCAGGGUGGGUUGCAUGCGUAAUCUUAGUGUUAUGAUUCAAGAAUUUGGUAGAGCUGGAAGAAGUGGUAACAGCGCUGAUGGUUUUCUUCUAGUCAAUGAGUCAAAGGACGACCAACGCUUAGCUUUCUGGACCAAAAACUGUUCAAAAAGUGAAGAAGAACAGAUAAAAGCACAAUUGAUUCAAUCAUGGCGCUGGGUCUACUCUAUAUACUGCGGACGAUGUAUGAGAGAGGAAAUAAUCAGUAAGUUUGGAGAAGGCCAGAUGGAGUUGCAGUGUGUAGACGAGUGUUGUUCAAGUUGUGAUAUCAAAGACAAAAGAGAUUUCAACGCAAAGGAAGCGAUAAGGCUUCUACUCCAGGCAGUUUUAGACCUCGGAAAAAUGCAGACCUAUGAGGAAGGGGUAAAAGAAGAAGUGCUGAUUGGAUGGUUAAGGGGUAGUAAGAAAGAUACAUUCUCUCUGCCCGAAAUGCAGAAAAUCAUGGAGCUGACGCAGACAUAUUCCGUUGGUACGAAGACUUUUAAAGAUAGUUCUCAAGGGUGGUGGUCAAGGGUUCUGAGACAAGCUGUUCAUUUACAGUUGAUUGACAUAAAAUAUAACAUAAUAAGGUGCGCGUCAUUCAGAAGAGUAUGGAGGCAGUACAAAGUUUCCGAGAAAGGGAAGAAAUUUCUGGAUUCUCCUUAUGAUAUCCUUGUUUUGGAUCCAAUAAACGAUCCAUUACACCAAACAGCAGAACAGAAAGAGGUUGUCAAAAGAACAAGGACUGGAAGAGGACAUCAUCAUCUGCCAAAAAUAAAGGAUUGCCUGAGGAAUUCAGCAAAUUGGAUAGAAUUAACGCUUAAGGACCAGUAUGAAUUCCCAGGAUUCGACACAGCCUCAGGGACGUCGCAAACAAACUUUGUUUUCGUUAAAGACUGUAGAGAGUUAAAUUUCGCCCCAAGUACUCGACCUCAUUUUAUUUGGGACGAUAAUCAGCUGUCAAAACGAAGCACACAAACAGCCAAGCACAAUAUAAGUAUAGAUGGUGUGGAUACCUUAUUAAAUGUGAGAAGAGGGCCUUGUGAAGGUGUGAAGAAGUGUGCUGGUCCUGACUGCUCGUACGUUGUCUCUAACAGACAAAAGGUCAAUCGAUGUGUACACCACAGAGAAAGUCAUUCCCUUGUUUCCACUGGACCAUGCCCUGCACAUAUGGUUUACAUAUGGCCAUCCAGUGACGAUGGAAGGCGAUGGAUUGGUGUUGUGCCAGGUACGCAACACAAUCACUCAAAACCAGCACCACACAUCCUGUCCAGCAAAGUUAAAGAGGACAUCCGGAAAGUGGUUUCUGAUGACAGUACUAAAAGUACUAAAGAUAUCAUGAAGGGGUUGGGAAUUGGUUAUGUUCCCGCUGAAGCCAGUUCACCAGCAGCUAACGCCGACCGUGUGAGGAGAGAGAGGAAAAUGGCGCUUGGAAAAUAUAUGUCUUUUCAUAAAGAGCUUCGUCCACUAGAUGAGAUACUUGGUUUUGAUAAAAUUAGGAAAAAAGUGGAAGGUAACCAGUUAUACGAUGAAAGCACGAAUAUAAGCGAAAAAGUGAACAAAAUGAUGGGACAGUAUCAGAUGGAAGGAUCGGAGUACAUUUUUACGCCUGCCAGGAAGUACGCGUUUUUUAUGUCGCCAUUUCAAGCAACUCUGUUAAGUAGAGCAGAAGACUUAUUUAUGGACGUGACCUACACAGGUAACGACUUUUUACCGUAUCUUCUUAACAUUGUAACUUUCAACGAUCAAACAUGUGUGUAUAACGCCGUCGCAAGAAUACUGUGCAGUAGACAAGAUGGCGAGACUUAUGCCAAGUCGAUAGCCACAAUUUUUGGGAAGGUUUCACAUGACCAUGCUUGUUUCUCGAACGGUGCAAGGUUAAGGUCUAUACUCGUGGAUUUCGACGAUGCCCAAUACAAAGGACUGAAAGAAUGUCUCGGUGAAGAACUGGCCAAGAAAGUCAUCCGGGGAUGCAGUGUUCAUUGGCAAAGAUCAGUGAACAGAGUAUGUAAGUUAAUUUGCCGAAGCGAGGCUGAAACUCGUAUCUUCAAAACUUUAGCGGGCAAAAUUGAAGACGAACGAGAUAAAGAGAAUGUUUACUUAAUUUUCGAUGUCCUAUCGGGUUCCAAGAAAUUACAGGACGCUAAACAGUUUAUUGAGGGCGACUUGUCUCAUGAGCUUGACAAACUUGACAACCAAAACUGGACAAAACUGAAGCACUGGAGCAAGUGGUGGUGUCGGUUGAAUCACCUGGCAAUGUUUGCAAGGGCUUUUAAGGAAAUGGACGAGAAAGAUUGGGAAGAAGGACCAUGUACUACCAAUCCAGUUGAGGCAUUGAACAGACAAUCAUUGCAGGAAGGAUGUACUGUUCUUCAUGCAUUAAUGGAAAACAUUUACCUGGAGGAUCGCCUACAAGCGGUGAAAACAGCAGCUUGCGAAGGUAAUGUUACAACCUCGUAUAGGGCAUCACCUGGUAAACAAAAAAGUAAACGGAAGCGUACAAGCAUAGGGAAUUCAGGAGAUGAAGGUCCACCAGACAAGCGCCGGCAUAUAAUGAGUCAGAAAAGAAGGCCGAAUGGUAGAGCGUUAAUUAAUAGUCUGAUUGAAGUGGAAUAUGACGAAAAGGACAAAACAGGAAAGGUGACAAAGUACUGGGGAUGGUGCAAAGGACAGAUCGUGGCAUAUAGGAAACACGAAGGGUACUUGGUAAAAUUUGAGGAUAGAAUUGACGAUGACGGAACAGUCGUCGCUGGGUGGUCGGAUUGGAUUCAAGACUUAAAUAGUAAGGAUGUUCGUUUAUUAGAUCAGUAAUUUCAAGUACUUUCGCUGACUCCAAUCAACAGAGGCCCCCAACGAGCGAAUCUUUCCAAAGACGUCAGAAGUGUCUAAAAUGGAUUUCUCAAUGUUCUAGAAGCCUUUUUAGUUAACUUGGAGAUGCCCUAAAGAAUGUUUAUCUGCUCGGAUAUUUAAGGGAAACUUUAGUCGUUUCGAAAAUUCUAGGGUCCUUUUUUGAGUCAUCCGAAAGUUUUUGCUAUCCUGAUAGGUCUUGUCGAAAGUUCGAGGUCACUGAGAAAACGGCAUUAGUAGAAGUUUUUCGUUAUACGUGUGCCUAUCGAAAUUCUAUUCAUCCAAAAACAUUAGGGGUGUGGCCAUAAAUCUGACCGUUUAUUCGAAAAAGAAAGACAUCGUUUUCAUUUUAACCAUAAGUCUCAACCUUUCUUGUUUGACAUUAGAAGGAAAAAAUUUCAAUAACUGUAUUGAGAAAUGUUCACUUUUAAGUGUUUUUAGUAAGGUUAUAGCAUAUU